UUCUGCAACUUUCACUAUCAUCAUCUUCUUGUUCUUGUUCAAACUCGGAAUCAAGAAGAAAUUUCAUCAAGAUCAUGUCUGAAGAUAAACGCGAAAAUGGCCAAAAUAAGAAACAAAAGAUGAAGUCUGCAGUACAAGAGGAAGAAGAGUAUAAACCAAUUAUGCAAGAAUUAUUUUCUCAAACGAACACGAACUUCAUGAUCCCUAUAUUCCCGGAUACAAUUGAAUCUGCUAAUCGAAGCACGGAUCUUUUUCCUCUCCAGAACAAAUAUAUUGAGCAAGGUGAAGAAAUUCCGUCAUCUGUAGCUGUGGAAGCGAAUCAAAGUUCCAAAGUAUUAUUGUCAAAAAGGAAAAGGUCUAAUCUUGAAAUUGUUGAAGAAUUGCCAAAAGGAUCAAUGGAGGAGGAUAGUGAAAACGAUUUUGAUUCGAUAAAUUUGCUGAUUAGACUGGUGGAGACAUGCCUUGAACUGAACUCUGAAGAUGAUAUGGAAAUGUAAAUGGAAUUUUCUGAUUAGAUUUAGUGACCAACUUUUCAAUCUGAUGAGUCUGAUGAAGAUUACAUUCCUUGAUCUAAAGUCUGAAGAUGCAAUAGAAAGGUAAAUGCAAUUCAUAAAUAGAUCUAGUGACCAAAAACACUACUCAUAUAGAAGAGAACAGUAUGUAGAUUGUGACCAAUUUUCCUUGUUUUGUAUCAGCAAAAAAAUGCUAUUUGGAUAAGGAAGGCCUAUUGACUUUUA